UUUAAAGUUGAGACUGAAUUCAACAGCUACAAGGUUUAGUAUUGUGUGAUGAGAUUACAUGGCAGUCCUGCUGUUAGGUAGAAUCAGUAUCAGUCGGUUAGUGUUGGCUGAGGAUAUCGGUUUACUGAGUUUGCUUCAAGAUGUGGACAUUUCAGAUUUAAAAGCAGUGAAUACAAACUGAGGCGUCCGAAGGCCAUGCCAGGGCCAGAUGGAUGCAGAGAACUGUAUCCAUGCCAAAACUUUCCUGUGUCUAAAACUUACUCUCCCCCUGAACCUCCACUUAAGGGUGAGAAAUGGCGCAGGGCGACAGACUUUAUUUUGAGAAGAGAUGUGCAAGAGAAGGACCAUCAACGCCAGAACUCCACAGUGGCACAAAAACCACACCAAGGAGUUGCCACUCACAGUCUGGUCGCUCUCCCAAAGAUAAAACCAAUCCCAAAACCUUGUCUACCGAAAAUGCUGUUCCAUGUUGACCAAUCGCAGCCUGUCCAUAAUGGCAAUAUAAAUUAUGUCACUUCUGCUUCAGAUCCAGCUUGUUCAGAUGGAAAGAGUAAUGACACUCAUUUGGAAAACUGGCGCAGUCGUCCAAAAACUAUCUCCCAGAAAUCAAAACGAGUCCCUCCGAGCAUACCUGUACCUGCCAGACCUCUUCCCAAAGAGCCAGAGCAAAUGAUCUCCAUGAUGGGUUCUGAGGUUUGUCCCCCUGGCAAAGCCCUUCCACACCUAUCUCUGUCAAAACCAAUUCCUUCUUUCAGAGUCCACGAUAAACCCAAACUCAAACACAACAAAGUUGAACUGAUUAGCGACUUUGUCAGGGAAGGUUUGGUUUCUGAGCUUCACAAAAGAUUCUCAGGAGCAAUUAAAGAGAGAGAUUGUAGCACCAACAAGCCAAAAGUAUUUAUUUGCUUCCACACCAAAAGACUGACUGAUGGAGAAAGACUACAUGAAAAUGUAUCUAUCUCAGGUGUUUCCAAUGGAGAUAGUCCAGAGGAUGUUCCUUCUGUGAUAAAAUGCCAAGAAACUGAUGGGGAGAAUAACUCUAAGAACUUACUUGAAACUUCUCAAAGGGCUCUAACAAUGCUGCCUCUUCCUGGUUUGGUGGACAAAUUGAUCAAAAGCCCUUCUCAGAGAGACUUCAACUGCAUGUGUGCUGAUAAUAAGAGAAAGUUGGUAGAAAGCUUGUGGCAAGAACGGAGAGUUGUAAGAGAUAGUGGAAUACUACAUCGGCUCAGUAAGGAACAGCUCAAGCUUCAAGAGCAUCUGUAUGAGGUCGUCACGUCUGAGCAGUCCUAUCUUCAGGGCUUGGAGGUGGCUGUGGAGCAUUUUCAGGAAUCUUCAGUGCUGAAAGAUGCUUUGGCACCAAGAGACAGAAAGUCAUUGUUCUCUAGCAUUGCUAAGAUCAAAGAGAUCAGUCAAAGCUUCAUGGAUGCAAUGCUGUUGGAGCUGGCCUCAAGUGUGUUCUGCGACAUAAUCUGUGACGUUGUACACCAGUAUGCUCUUGGACCCUUUGAUGCUUAUAUAAAUUACAUCCGUAAUAUGCCCUAUCAGGAGCAGACGUUACACAACCUCGGAAAAGAGAGUCCUCGGAUUGUGGAGAUCUUGCAUAAACUACAGGAAGACCCUCGCUGCAGCCGCCUGCCCCUCAAAUCUUUCCUUUCACUGCCAUUUCAGAGAAUCACACGGCUUAAAAUCCUAAUGGAGAACAUCCAGAAGAAGGCCCUUCCAGGGUCAGACUGUGAGGCUUCAUCAUUGAGAGCUCUGACGGAGAUCUCCAGGCUUCUAGAAGCUUGCAAUUGGCAGGUGGGCAGAAUGAAACAGAUGGAAGAAAUAGUGCAGAUCGCUAACAAGAUUGAGUUUGCAUGCAAGGCCCUGCCUCUUGUUUCUUCUUCCCGCUGGCUUGUGAAGCAGGGAGAUCUGGUGCAAAUCUCUUUGAAGGAAAACAUGUUUGGCCAGAGAAAACUGUGUCCAGUACUUCUGUUCCUCUUUAAUGAUCUGCUGCUAGUGGCAACCAGGAAAGGGUUGGAUCGGUUUGUAGUUCAUGACUACGUGCACCGCUCUCUGAUAGAAGUGACCGAGGGCAAGGAUCUGGAGGAGGAGCUGGAGGGAUACGAGCUCAACCGGACAUUUAGGCUUGUUCUUUUGCAUAACCACCGGAGCACCACCUCUCAACAUCUACUGCAAACAAAUUCAGAAACUGAGAAGGACUUGUGGGUGGAGCUCUUGAAUGGGCGGAGACAUGGACAGGAUACUGUGUAUGAAGAGUGGGACUGUCCUCAGGUGCGAUGUAUAGAGGGGUACAGCGGACAACAACAAGGGGAGCUUAGUCUACAGCUGGGAGAUGUGAUUAACGUCAUGCAGAAGACUUCAGAUGGGUUUCUGGAAGGCCGCAGGGUACAGGACGGACAGCGGGGCUGGUUCUCCACUGCAUGUGUUGUGGAGAUCACCAAUGAACAUGUGCAGAGACGUCAUCUUCGUCAGCGGUAUCAUGUCCUACAGACAGCCACACGACUGCUGAAACAACGCAGCGGGGCUCUUGAACUUACAACCACAACAUGCUUUAAAUGAGAGACUGUCUACAUUGCAAUUUGCAUUUUUUCACUUACUGACUUAAAAUAAAUUAGUAAAUAAUUAUAUGUACAAUCUAUGUAUAAUUUAACUGAACUGCUGCCAGUUGGUCAGUUGAUCUUUUGGUCUUUGUAUAUAUAUAUAUUUUUUAUGUGUCUGGUUUUACAGAACAACUUCAAACAUCUCUGCAUGUGAUUUAAGAAACACAGAAACUGCUUUCUAUGGUUUGCGACAAAUAUUCUUGCUUCAGCUUCCAAAUGUGGAGCUGCUGUUUCUUUUCUUUUUUUUUUCUUAAUAUAUGUAGCCUAAUGUAUUGUGCAAGGUCAUGCUUAUUCCCUUCUGUCGUUUUCCGCUUCCGUUCUGUUUAAAUAAAUUUA